AUGGCGUGGCUGGCGGGCGGGCUGGCCGAGCUGCGCUGGUGCGCGCUGGUCGCCCUCUUCGUGGCGGCGCUGGCCACCCUGGCCGUCUACCUGGUGCAGUAUGCGCUGCUGGCCCUGCGGCGGGGCCGGCCGCCGCCUCCGCCGCUGCCGCCGCCGCGGCGGGACGAGCUGCUGGAGGAGGGCAGCUCGGUGCUGGCCUGGGCGCUGUCGCUGGGCAGCUGGCGGCGGCAGUGGCGGCGGGCCUGGGUGGCGGCGCUCAGCGCCGAGGCGGCGGCGCGGGCGGAUUCACAGUUGCUUACAUUUGAGGAAGAUGACCAACCAGAACCACUUGAGCUAGCAGUUAAACAAGUUGUUAGUGUUGUAAAGUCAGCUCAAGAGAAGGUGGUUUCUUGCAAUGUUGUGGGAGAUUCUGUUAAAUUUGUUGUCACUGUUUCGCAUACUUCGCCUGCGGCUGCAGAAGGUCAGUCGUACAGCGUGAAACUGUCUCCACUUCACUUGCAGCUUCAGCUCUACGUGAAAGACAAAGGAGAAGAUGUCAGAGUUGAGUGGUUCCUCAUUAACGCCGAUGAAACCAACUUUGAAAUCCAGCCAACAGUGCAGGAGGGACACACAGCAGGGACAUGUGCAAUAUCUGAAACGCUCAGAGAUGUUUUGAAGAACCUCUUUAGCUCAGUUUCUCCAUCUGUAGUGUUGAGUACGAGGCCUACAGAUAUAAAGGAGGUUCAGAAUGUACAGAACAUAAGCCUUCUCCCUCAGGGCACUAGUCCGCCUAAACCUCCAAGGGCUCAUGAACUCAAACUGCUGGUGAGGAACAUCGCAGUAAAUCUAACUGAUCACAGUGCUGCAGGCAGCACAAACCUUGCGUGUAUAGUUCAGUUGAAUGACCCUAUGCAGAAGUUUUCCAGCUCUGUAGCCAAAAAUGCUGCAAAUCCCUUUUGGAAGGAAGAGUUUAUCUUUGAACUAAGUGCCAAAUCAAAAGCAUUGCAACUGCAAAUAGUAGAAGAUGGAAAGUUGGAUAGACCUUUGUCCUCAAAGGUGACUGUACCUCUAGACUUGUUCAGGAAACAACCUUCUGGCCAGCAAAGCUUUGCACUGAACAGCAGGGCCAGUGAGAGCAGCUUGGAGCUGGGGCCCGGGCUGGGAUCCAUUAGUGCAGAGUUUUCUUUUAUAGAACCUAAUGAAUUAAAGACGUGGCAAGUCUCUUCUCCAGUGCCAGCCACUAAGAUAGAAAAGGAUCGCACUGUGAUGCCCUGUGGGACUGUGGUCACUACUGUAACUGCUGUGAAAACCAAACCUCGUCUAGAAGGGAGAUCAUCUCCACUGAGCACAGAUUCUCCUGUGAAAACUCCAGUUAAAGUAAAGGUGAUUGAAAAGGAUUUCUCUAUUCAAGCUGUCCAUUCUCAUGGUGCUCCAGUCAGCAAAACUUUAUCAUCUUCAGAUACAGAACUGCUGGUACUGAAUGGCACCGAUCCUGUUGCAGAAGCAGCUAUUCGUCAGUUAAGUGAGUCUGCAAAGCAGAAGCUGAAGUCUCCUAGAAAGAAAAGCACCAUUAUCAUAUCAGGGGUGUCCAAGACCUCUUUAUCUCAGGACAGUGAAGCUGCACUGAUGAUGGACUAUGCUGCAGCCAUGGACAGCUCCUGCAAAGAAGUGGAUCCACCCACUGUGGAGGAAGCUGUUGGAAAAGUCACCUCUGAUGAAAAGCUGUCGUUAGGUGCUUCAGAAAUAGUACCUGAUACUGACCCACAGCCAAGUGCCCAUAAGGCUUGGGGUUUGGAGAAUGGCAGCCAACAGUGGGACACCAACACGCUCUUAGACCAGACCUGUGAAGAAAUAUCUGGGAGCUCAUUAAGUGUUUCAGAAACUGAGAGCAUGAAAAAAUCUAAAGGUGGGAUUUUGAAAAAAAGUGCGAAGCUCUUUUUCCGCCGCCGACAUCAUCAGAAGGAUCCAGGAAUGAGUCAAUCGCACAACGAUCUUGUCUACCUGCAGCAGCCACUGUCAGAGGAAACACGGAAGAAGGGAGGCACGCUUUCACGUAUUCUGAACAGAAAGCUCCUUUCCAAAAACAAAAGCAAGAACAAACUGAAUGGUGCUUCAGCAGAACCAUACGUGUAGGACUGAACACUCUCUGAUGGGAUACUUGCACAUCAGUUGACCAUUUGUUUACAGAGCAGUACUAGAGAAUACAAAUACGGCUGAUGACUUGCAUAAAAUGAUGUUCACUAAUACAGUGGUCCAGGAAUAAACAGAAAGCUUGCCUUUUUUGUUUAUUUUUCCAGAAUGCUUUUUCUCUCUGAUUAUAAAGUUGUUCCUCCAAAUACAAGCAGCGCUAAUUGUAUCAUGACAGCUCUUGGAGGACCAUGUGGUUUAUCAUAGAAGAUGAGGGAGGAUGGGGAAUGCUGCAGGUGGGGAGGACCUGUGUGUAAGCACCUAGUUUACAUUAAUGGGGAGCUAAGAACGGAAACAUCAUACCUGCUAUGUGGCUGAACCACUAUAAAGAGAGAAGAUACCACUGUGCUUCCUUAUUGCAGCCUGGGAUAGUAGCAACUCAAGUGUCAACUUGUUUUUCUAGUCAGGCUGAAAGGGAAAAGAGAGACCCAGAUCCAGUUUGUAUUGUAAUUUGGAAACGGGUAAGUUUUCAGAAGCAGAACUAAAAUGCUGAUUAAGAUAGCCUACUGUAAUAACUGUAGCCUGCUGUAAUAACUGCUCAGUCCAUGUAGGUGGAGAGAUGCCUUUGAUAUUAGCCAUAAAUCAAUAAAUUAUGCAAAUACUUAUACUAGCAUAUUGUUUAAUGUUCUGUGCGUUAAGUUAUGCUUAAAAAAACAACUUUUUUAAAAGUCUACUUCAGUCUACUUGCAAACAAAACAUUUACAAGUUCUUCUGUGUAGCUUUUCUCUUCCUGUGUGAGAAGCUGCGUUGCUAAUGCAAAAACCUAUCUUAGGGGCUCUAAUUCCUUCUCCCAAGUACUUGUUAGACAAGUACAUUAACCAUCAUAUCAAAUGCAAAGCUAGGAGAAAUAAGUGAUGAAUAGAGCAUAUUUAACCCUAUAGUGCUUUUCAUUAGACAGCUUGUUUCACUUGCCAAACACUUACUGAGAUCUUAGAAAACACAGUUGUGACGAGAGCUUUUUAAAAAAUAAUAAUAACAAUUCCCUUAGUCUUUCAGUCAAUACCAGUGUUACGUGGUGAGUGGUUGGUUGGGUGAGUUUUUUUACUUUUUUCCCCUCAUUGAAUAUUGCAGCUGGCUCCUUUACAUUAAAAGGAAAAAACGAUGAAAAUAAAGGCAUAGUUCUUGUUUUGGCUAUUAAGAGUAAAAUGUCAAUCAGUAUUUCACAGGUACCAUCUUUUGUGCACACCUGUACUUUUCCAUCAUCUACAUUCCUACUGAGGACAAAGGACCAAGUCUGUUCUCUUUAGUCAAGAAAAACAUCUAUUCCAUCUAAAUUACUGACAUGAAUAGAUGAUAGAUUUGUGCCUGCUUUGCCAACAGUGAUUUCCCCUCCACCCCCCUUUCCUCCCCUUAAGACAUCCAACACUUUGGCAGUUAUUUGGGCUUUCAGCUUCAACCAUUCUUCAAAAAUAGAAAGUCACUGAAGAACAGAAACACAUUUCAAAACUUCUGAUGUACUUUCUUUCCUUGGUAAAUAGUUUUACAAAGACUAUAAAAGUAGAGGGGUUUUGGUUUCUUUUUUACCAAGAAAAUACUAGAAGAAAUGAACUAUCAAAAUCUUUUAACUGAGCCUACUGUUUAAAAAUACUGUUUAUGUGUAACCUCC